AUCCCUUAGCAUUUUUCUUAUAUUAAAUAGUGCAGCAAGAAAAGGAAGACUUGGAAAGUUUCGUCAAUAUGUAAUAGCCUACCAGUACUAUUAUAGUUGACCAUGUAACUUCCAAGAAACUAACGACAUAGUAAUGAUGAAGUGGUCACGGGUCACCCAACCCAAGAGAUUGGCUUCUUUUUCUUUAUUUUGUAUAAAAUGAGCCCCAUUAGUUUAAAUUAGUAGUACUCAUGUCUAUAUAUAUGAACAUUUUAUACAAACAAGCAAUUCAGAAAUCUCUAUUAUUAUAAAAUAGUCACCAAAAUGGGGUUGUUACAUGGUAUAAUACUCCUUCAUUUGGCACUAACUGCAGCAGCAGGGACAAUCAAUCUGCGCCGCACAGAAGCCAAAACCCCAGAUGACGGCUGCCGCAGGCGCUGCGGAAAUGUUGACAUUCCCUAUCCAUUCGGGAUCGGUGCCGGCUGCUACUUGAACAGCAAAUUCAACAUCACAUGUAACGACACCUCCAUAGGCCCUCCGAAGACAUAUCUCAGAAAAGGUAACCUCCAAGUUAUUGACAUAUCUAUUAAAGAUGGCGAAAUUAAAGUGCUUCAGCUCAUAGCAAAAGACUGUUAUGAGAAGAAUGGCUCCCAAUAUCGAAAAGAUAGGCUCCGGACUAGUCUGCGGUUGUCCAGCUUCACCGUUUCAUCUACAAAGAACAAGUUCACUGCCAUUGGUUGUGAUACUUACGCCAUUAUUCGAGGCUUUCGAGGCGAACAGAGGUACAGAACAGGUUGUAUGUCGUUGUGUGAUCGAGCAACAGACAUUAACUAUGGGACUUGUUCUGGUGUUGGUUGUUGCCAGGUUAUGUCCAUACCUCCAAGACUAAACAAUUUCACGGUUAUUUUGAGUAGCUAUUCAAAUCAUACAAAGUUAUGGGAUUUUAAUCCAUGUAGCUAUGGUAUCUUAGCUGAGGAAUCUCAGUUCAAAUUCUCCAACACGAGUUUCCAAGAAUUUCAAAGCAAGAAGAAUUUCCCUUUGGUUGUUGAUUGGUCAAUUGGUGAGUUGCCAUGUGAGAAGGCUCGGAAGUUUAAGAAUUUUACUUGUCAUUUGGAGACAAGUGAGUGUAUAAAUUCUAAUUCCAGCAAUGGCUACCUUUGCCGCUGCUUGCCUGGUUUCAUAGGAAAUCCUUACCACCCAAAGGGUUGCCAAGAUAUUGACGAGUGCAAAGGUCAAAAUCCGUGCAUCAACGGGAACUGUAUAAAUGUAAAUGGGACCUUUAACUGUUCAUGCCUGAAGGGUUAUAAACGAGUCAAUGAAACAACUUGCAGUAGAAAUGGACCACGUAGAGCUCUCUUCCUCUAUAUUCCUUUGGGUGUAAGUAUAGGCCUCAUGAGUCUUAUUGCAAUUAGUGUAAUGCUAUAUUGGGGAGUAAGAAAAAGAAAAUUGAUAAUGCUUAAAGAGAAGUUCUUUGAACAAAAUGGUGGACUGAUGUUACAACAAAGACUAUCAAGUACUGAGAAAGGACCUAUUGAGACAACGAAAAUCUUCACAGCAAAAGAGCUAGAAAUGGCCACAGACAAUUACCAUGAAAGUAGAAUCAUUGGGGAAGGAGGUUAUGGAAUAGUUUAUAAAGGAAUAUUCCCAAACAAUAAGGUGGUUGCUAUAAAAAAGUCCAAAUUUGGAGCUCAAAUAGUCCCAUCUGAACAAAUUGAACAAUUCAUCAAUGAAGUAAUUCUGCUCAUGCAAAUUAACCACAGAAAUGUGGUUAGGCUCUUAGGUUGUUGUUUAGAGACAGAAGUACCUCUCUUGGUUUACGAAUUCAUUACAAAUGGAACUCUUUUUCAACAUAUCCACAAUAAAGGCAAUGAACCAUGUUCCUCACUUUCAUGGAAAAUGAGAUUGAAGAUUGCAACUGAAACUGCAGGAGCAUUAGCAUACUUACACUGUGAAACUAAUACCCCAAUUGUUCAUAGAGAUAUAAAGACAAUGAAUAUACUUUUGGAUGAAAACUUCAUAGCAAAAGUGUCAGAUUUCGGAACAUCAAGACUAAUUCCCAUAGAUGAAGAUCAGUUAUCAACUUUGGUGCAAGGCACUGUUGGGUACUUAGACCCUGAAUACUUGCAAACAAGCCAACUUACUGAGAAAAGUGAUGUUUAUAGCUUCGGAGUUGUUCUAGGGGAGUUAUUAACAGGGAAGAAAGCCUUCUCUUUUGAUAAAUUAAAUAAUGUUAGUCAAGUCCUAGCAAUGUCCCUCCUCUCUGUUAAAGAUAAUGAUCAAUUUAACGAAUUCAUUGAUGAUAAAAUUCUCAAUGAUGGAAACAUUGAGGUUAUUAAAGAGGUUGUAGCUCUCACAAAACGGUGUUUGAGGAUAAAAGGGGAGGAUAGACCUACUAUGAAAGAAGUAGCUAUGGAGCUAGAGGGAUUACGAGCUAUGUCAAAGCAUUCAUGGACAAAUAUUGGUGAUGAAGAGUCUGAACAUUUGCUUGGGGAGAAACAUUCAAUUAAUCAUAAUAAUUACAUUGGUUAUGAUCUUGAAUGUGGUUCGAGUGGUACAACGGCUAUGUAUGAUAGCAUGCAAACUCAGCUCAUGCUCAAUCCAUUUGAUGAUGGACGCUAGAUUUGCAUCGUCUAAAUAUUUUGAUGUCCUAAGUAUUGUUUUUAUUAACUAGUUUUUGUUUUGUUAGAAUUGUUGAAUGGUACUGCUUUAGUGACUAAUUGUACUUACAAGGUUAGUAUAAAUAGAAAAGUCUUGGGAAAAUUGUAGUCAACUAAACUUUAAACAAUUAAACAAUUAG